UACAACGGGUGCUUAGGACUGCGGGGCAGGCGGGAGCGCGCUGGAGCGCGCGCGCGCGGGUGCCGGGUCCCGGGGGAAGCCACAGAGCGCGGGACCCGGAACCCGCACACUCUGCUCGGUGGCCGGCGGCGCGCGCGAGGGCGGAGGUGGCUCGUGCCUGUGUGUGUGAGCGCGCGCGUGUGGAAUCUGGGCGCCGGGCACUGGUCCCGCUGCCUUCCACACCCCGCCUGCUUCCCGGCUCCUUUCUCCAUCCCUUCCGCACCUCGGGCGGAGGCGUACUGAGUGAGGACCGCGGGGCACCAGUGCAGGAGGCGUGCGGGGCCGCUUGGAGACAAAGGGGGCGCGGGGGUGAGCCCGCCAUGGCCUCCCGGAGCCUGGGGGGUCUGAGCGGGAGCCGCGGCGGCAUCAAGAAGAACCUCAGUGCCCGCAACGCGGCGGUGGAGAGGAGGAACCUCAUCACUGUGUGCAGGUUUUCUGUGAAGACCCUGAUUGAUCGGUCUUGCUUUGAAACAAUUGAUGAUUCUUCUCCUGAAUUUAACAAUUUUGCAGCUGUUUUAGAGCAAAUUCUAAGUCACCGGCUAAAAGGUCAAGUAACCUGGUUUGGUUAUGAGAGCCCUCGUAGCUUCUGGGACUAUAUCAGAGUGGCUUGCCGGAAAGUUUCACAGAAUUGUAUCUGCAGCAUUGAAAAUAUGGAAAAUGUCAGUUCCUCUAGAGCUAAGGGUAGAGCCUGGAUCAGAGUAGCCCUCAUGGAAAAACAUUUAUCUGAAUAUAUCUCUACAGCUUUGAGAGACUUCAAAACAACCAGGAGAUUUUAUGAAGAUGGAGCUAUUGUCCUGGGUGAAGAAGCAAAUAUGCUUGCUGGCAUGCUGCUUGGACUCAAUGCAAUUGAUUUCAGCUUCUGCCUAAAGGGAGAAGGAUUGGAUGGCACCUUCCCUGCUGUGAUAGACUAUACACCAUAUUUGAAGUUUGAACAAAGUUCUGAUAGUAUUAGCAGUGAUGAAGAGGAGCUCAGGACCUUUGGAAGCAGUGACAGUGAAAGCAGCACUCCAGAGAAUGUGGGACCACCUCUCAUCAUGGAUGAGAACAGCUGGUUUAACAAGUGCAAGAGAGUAAAACAAAAGUACCAACUUACUCUUGAACAGAAGGGUUAUCUUGAAGAACUCUUAUGUCUUCGUGAGAACCAGCUUUCUGAAUCUGUCUCUCAGAAUAAAAUAUUGCUUCAAAGGAUUGAAGAUUCUGAUCUGGCCCAUAAGUUGGAGAAAGAACAAUUAGAAUAUAUCAUUGUGGAGCUUCAAGAUCAGCUGACUGUGCUAAAGAAUAAUGAUUUAAGAUCAAGACAAGAGUUAACUGCCCACCUCACCAACCAGUGGCCUUCCCCAGGAGCUCUGGAUGUCAAUGCUGUUGCCUUGGAUACGUUGCUAUACCGAAAACACAAUAAACAGUGGUAUAACAAAAGUUACCAAAGCCUUGACCAGUUAUCAGCAGAAGUUAGCCUUUCUCAGACAUCCUUGGAUCCAAGCCACUCACAAGAAGGAGAUGGAAAGCAAGACACAUUAAAUCUAAUCAGUGAAGGUAAAGAAGAUACCCCUUCAUUACUUGGUCUCUGUGGAUCACUAACAUCAGUGGCAAGCUAUAAGUCUCUAACAAGUCUAAAAUCUAAUGACUACCUUGCAAGUCCUACAACAGAAAUGACAAGUCCAGGCCUGACUCCAUCCUGAAAAAUUUUAUGUAAAAGCCAAAAGUUUCUAUAUUGUAAAUAUUAACUUUACAUAAGUUUGACUGCUGGGGAGACCUUUGAAAUUUUAUAUUAUUCUGGUACAUGCCUGGAAUUCUGUUGUUUAGAGAGAUCAGUUCGGUCCAUGUAAACUUCUGAGGAGAAAACACAGUAGUCCUGCUAUUUUUCUUUUUAAAAAUCUUACAUUUAUCACUGAGGAAGUUUAAAAUUGAGUAGGCUUUUAAAAAGCAUUUAAAGAUUGUCUGAAUUCAAACUGUACAUAGUUGUUACUCAACUAAUUUUUAUAUAUCUGUUUACAUGUGUCUUAGUGGCCAGAGACUUAAGGUUUUAUUCCAGAGACUUAUGCUUGUUGUUUUCUUUCACUCAUUUAUUUAAGGGUUAAAUUUUUACACAAAAAAAAGACAGCAUGUUAAUUUCAUUAACUUUUUCCUAAGUUUAGAUGUUUACAUGACAUGUUAGCACAGGGGAAGAUGCUCAGCUUCACAGGGGCUUUUUAAAGUUUUUCUUUUAACAUUUAUCAUUUGGUAUUAACAUUUCAUAAAUUUUGUAGGAAUAUGUCUUUUUAGGCAGAUAUAUAGGAAAAGUAUUUUAUAUAUAAGAAAAUGAAUAGGUUUCUUAGAUUUGUUUUCCCCAGAUUUUCUUUAAAAAUUGUUGAUUUUAAAAUGUGAUCAGGUAUGCCUGAAAAGUUGGAAAUAUUUCAGAAUACAGAACAAAUGCUUGAAUGCCAGGAUGAGUUUCAAGUUCAGUGAAGGAUCUGAAAAGCUUUUAAAUAAAGAUCACUAAAAUUACCAGCAUAUUUAACCGUAAAUAUAGUUCCGAUAUACAGUGCUAUUUUUCCCUUGUGUGCAACAAUAAUUUAUAUCAUGUAUGUUUUACAGCCUUAUAUUAUACCAAAAUCUCAUUUUAAAACUGAUUUUCGUGUUUAAAAAAUUGUAUGCUGCUGUAGGAAAA